AUGGAUCAGCAGCAGCCUUCUGAAUCAAGAAAUCCGGAAAUCAAAAUGAAAGCGACUACAUCCAGUUCUCCAAUUGCUGACCAGCAGCAUACCUUUGUAGUCGAAAAUCUGGAAGGACGAAUUCGUGAAAGUGUCAAACAAAGCAGUAUGCAAUCGGAUGAAAGUCGAACUUCGUUGCAGAGUAUCUCAAGUAGUUUUGUACCGGAUCCCGAAGUUUUAGUUAGCCUUGAGAGGCAUGCAAAUGCUAUCUCAACUAAUAUAAAUGUCGUAUUACGUGAUUUGCGUGAAUCAUUAAAAGGAAUGAGUGAAUUAACUGUUCAAGCUACGGAAUGUUUUGCUGAUGCAAUUUCUGCUUCCUGUAAUUCGGUAGAUGCUACUAUCAAGAAUACCUACGCUUUGCUGGCAAAAGUCGAGGAAGUUACUGAAGCAAUGGCCGGUGUACGAAAAUUGUCCCAACAAGUGAAGGAUAUAAAACAUGUUGUGGAUUUAUUUGAAAUACAGUUGGUAACAAGUUCGACAACAUAG